AUGCCGUGGCUGGGCAAAGAACCCGAGAAGCUACCCAAGCUAUCCGCCGAUACCCUCGCGCGCUAUGGAGGGCAAAAGCAUUCAGCGCUAGAUGAUUGGUACAGGACACCGCAGACGCAUGAGCAGUUGGCGGUGAAUGGGAGCUCGGCAAGGUCGGAUCGCACGUGGGAACGGGAGCGGGAGAUGGAGUGGCGCAGGGCGGAGGAGAGGAGGAGGAGGUGA